ACUUUAAAAGAUGUAUCCCACUGGAGGUAACACUAUGGCCGGUCCGUUCUGGAGCAAUGGUCCCGCUCCGGGUGCUUUCUAUAACUUCCCGGGUAGCUCAGCAACUGCGGGCGCAAUGCAGGCACCACGUUCGGAUACGCUCGGUGAAUUUGGCACACAGCGUUCAUACACCCCCGUAACUACCGGCACGUCCGUGGUCGGGCUGAUGUUCAAAGAUGGUGUGAUUAUUGCGGCCGAUAAGCUGAUUUCGUACGGUUCGCUGGCACGCUUCCACGACGUGGACCGUGUGUACCGUAUCAACGACAAAACGGUUCUUGGCAUCGGUGGGGACUUUGCCGACUUCCAGUACAUCAAGCGUCACAUCGAUCAGAAAGUCAUCGACGACCAGUGCCUGGACGAUAAGAACGAAAUGAAGCCACGCUCGUUUUACAACUGGCUCACCCGGGUGAUGUACAACCGACGAUCGGAUUUCCAGCCCCUCUACCUCGAUCUCGUCAUUGGCGGUAUGCAGGAUGGCGAACCAUUCCUUGGGCACGUGAACCUCCGGGGCCGUUCGUACACCAGCAAUGUCGUAGCGACCGGAUACGGUACCCAUUUGGCACUGCCACUGUUGCGGGAGUAUUCAGAAAACCCGGAAGCCUACCAGCAGUUGGGCCAGCCGCAGGCAAACGAUUUAAUGAAGCGCGUCAUGGAGGUGCUAUGGUAUCGUGAUUGCCGCAGCGACCCGAAGUAUUCGCAAGCGAUCUGUACCGGAAGCGGUGUGCAGCUGGAUCCGGAUUGUUUCGUCGCACAGAACUGGGAGCUGGCUCACACGAUCAAGGGUUACUGAGCUGCUUGAGU